AAAAUGAGCUGAGCAAUACAGUCAGACCCUGUCUCUAUUUUUUCUUAAAGAAAGACUUUAACCCAAUAAUUAAUUUUGAAUGUGUAAGUCUCCAACACCCAUGGCAAGACAAUCAGAAAGAUAUUUUUGGACAAGCCAACCUUUGAGACCAUUUAAAUCACUCAGAGGAGGUGGUCACCUACUCCGUGGGGACUGGGGAGGGCCCCAUUAUCUGGGAGGAGGCUCUUGUGCUAAUAUGAAAAGUGAUCCUUCUCCAGCCUCCCAAGGGAAGAAGGUGGAAUGUGUGAGACUCAGAUGUGUGGGAGCCUGGCCCAGGGUUAUUUUUGUUUCCAUUAACAUUCUCUUCUAUAUGUAUUUUAACCUUAAUCAAAUGCAUGUGUUUUUGUUUUAUUUGCACUUAGUUCAUCAAAAUGUCCCUUAUGAUCUGAACUAUGCCAUAAAGCCUAAGCUCUCCAGUGAAACGCUCAUUAAUACCCCUGGGAAACAGGAAGUUGCAUUUAGUCAAAUAUAAAUAAAUUCAGCUCCCCGGGGCUUUGCCCUGGCCUGGGUCAGAGAAGAGGCAGUGGCUUCUCAGUCCAUCUCAUUGUUGUCCGUCCACCGACCCCAAAAUUGAGCUGGAAGAAUGACAUCGUAUAACUCUCAACAGACAAAGUGUUUUGAAAAUGCGCCUGUCCUUUGUUCAAAAGCGUUACACCGUCAAAUGCAGUUUUACAAAGAAAUGAGAUUCUCUUGCUUUGUCUCAAUAAUCAGGUAUCGUUCCAGAUUCUCCCCCCAACAACCCCAAUACUCUGAAACCAAGCAGUGCAGGCAAGAAGCAAGAGAGAGGGAAAAAAGAGAUGUAAGCCUAAACCACCUCACCAAAGACGCCAUGUGAGUCGUGGUUAAGAGGUUUCCAUCUCCCCCUGUCUCUCUCACCCUCUCCCUGACUCUCCCACUGCACACAUGGAACCAAUUAUGAACAAAGCCCAAUUGUUGUAUAUUUGGAAUUUCCCACAUCAACCUGAUGCUUUCUUUAACUGACUCGAGAUGUGUGUCUGCGUUGGAGGGCUGAACCCAGGUUUCCAGCCUGCACGCCGCCACCGCCGUGACACCCUCCCCUCUUUGCUUCUGAUUCAUUUUCUCAUAGUGUAAAACUCCGCUGCUUUCCUUCACACCCCAACCCCAUUUCCUACUAGGUUUGUUUGAAUAAACAGAACCUCCUUUUCCAUCAUUCUCAAUAAACUAAGCUCUGGUCUGUAGACAGUGUCUCGUAGCUAGUGCCCAGAGCAUAUGAGUGGUAUCCAGGCUAAUAGCAAAAAUCAUGGGAUGACCACAAAGGAAAUGGCCAUCCCUUUCAUAAAACUCAGAACAGACAGAAGCAGUGUAUGUAGAAAUGCUUUAAAAAUAAAAAGAGAAAAAAAACUGAACAUACCCUGAAAGCCCCUUGCUGGAUUUUUCUUUGUAGUAAUUUUUUCUGCUGUGGAAAUAAACUGACUUAGGGAAGAGUAGAGAUGAGGCAGAUAGAUGAAAAUAUUACCGAAAAGUUAAUGUUGGAGACCAUUUAUGCCAUCCAUCAAAGAAGGCUGUCUGGCCUGAAAUCACACAAUGUGAUCAGAAAAGAAUUGACAGACGUGAUGGAUGUAUCUGCUUCGACAGAGCCUUGUAAAAUGAAACAUAAUUUCUUCAUGUUUACUGGCAUGCAUAAAAAUAAAUGUUCUGUAACACAAACAUUUAAAUGAGAAGAUGCCAAAUGCAAGUCUGUUCGAUUUGAUUCAAUUCAUCUGAACCAUGUGAUUGAAACAGUUUCUUCUUCUUUCCCUCCUACUUUCUCUCUGUGGACUGUACUCACAUAUACAAUGAGUUACACACGUGCGUUCAUUUUUAUGUGUUAGAAAGCAGAAGGGGAAGACAGAUAUGCAUGUCUGAUGCUUGGUUUUAUAGAUAGAAUUUAUGACUGCAAAGAGGUCCCUGAUGUGUUCAGUCUCUGGUCUUCAAAUAUUGUUCCUGCAUUCGGAAGAGAGUGAAAUCAGAAUGUAGGAUUCCGCAUUAAUCUCCACUCCAGAUGGUGAUAUUCCAAAUAGUCUUUUUAAGGUGAGCAUGUGACCUACUGUACAGCCGAGGGGCUUGCGAGUCACGUGAUGGAGUGAAUAAUAUGUCUGAUAGAGCUGUGAUUAGACAACUGACCUGGUUACCAUCUGCAGCCACGAGAAGCAAAGUUGACAUUUCUGGAUCACCCUCCCCAGAAGCGUCACUUGCCCAUGACCAGGACACGGCAGUCUCGCUGAGCCAGCUGUACAGAGGGACAGAUGGAAGAAAGCUAGAGAUGUUGCUUCGUGCAGGCUGAAGUUGAAGAACUUGGUCUGCUUUUCUUUUUUCCCAUCCCCCCUCCUCCUGACAAACCACAUCUUGAUUCAUACGGUCGAAAGAAAAACUCUUUCAGUUAUUUGAUAUUUGGGAACUCUCCAGGAGACCAUAACUUAUUUUUGAGGGAGCCUCCUUCUCUCUUUGCUGGGAGCACACACACACACGCACGCACACACACACACUCACACACAUCCACACACACAGCUGUACACCAUGGUGGUUCAGGCUGCAGUGGCUCCGAAUAGAUCCCAAAGAUUUUUGCUGAAAAUACCUUAUGGAUCUCUGAGAAGACGAAGCGUUGAAAGGAUGACGGAGGGCCGCCGAUGUCAAGUACAUCUUCUUGAUGACAGGAAGCUGGAACUCCUAGUACAGCCCAAGCUGUUGGCCAAGGAGCUUCUUGACCUUGUGGCUUCUCACUUUAAUCUGAAGGAAAAGGAGUACUUUGGAAUAGCGUUCACGGAUGAAACGGGGCACUUAAACUGGCUUCAACUAGAUCGAAGAGUAUUGGAACACGACUUCCCUAAAAAGUCAGGACCCGUGGUUCUAUACUUUUGUGUCAGGUUCUAUAUAGAAAGCAUUUCGUACUUGAAGGACAAUGCUACCAUUGAGCUUUUCUUUCUGAACGCGAAGUCCUGCAUCUACAAGGAGCUCAUUGACGUUGACAGUGAAGUGGUGUUUGAAUUAGCUUCCUAUAUUUUACAGGAGGCAAAGGGAGAUUUUUCUAGCAAUGAAGUCGUGAGGAGUGACUUGAAGAAGCUGCCAGCCCUGCCCACCCAAGCCCUGAAGGAGCACCCUUCCCUGGCCUACUGUGAAGACAGAGUCAUUGAGCACUACAAGAAACUGAAUGGUCAGACACGAGGUCAAGCGAUCGUGAACUACAUGAGCAUUGUGGAAUCUCUCCCAACCUACGGGGUUCACUAUUAUGCAGUGAAGGACAAGCAGGGCAUACCAUGGUGGCUGGGCCUGAGCUACAAAGGGAUCUUCCAGUAUGACUACCAUGAUAAAGUGAAGCCAAGGAAGAUAUUCCAAUGGAGACAGUUGGAAAACCUGUAUUUCAGAGAAAAGAAGUUUUCCGUGGAAGUUCAUGACCCACGCAGGGCUUCAGUGACAAGGAGGACGUUUGGGCACAGCGGCAUCGCGGUGCACACAUGGUAUGCAUGUCCGGCAUUGAUCAAGUCCAUCUGGGCUAUGGCCAUAAGCCAACACCAGUUCUAUUUGGACAGAAAGCAGAGUAAGUCCAAAAUCCAUGCGGCACGCAGUCUGAGUGAGAUCGCCAUCGACCUGACCGAGACGGGGACGCUGAAGACUUCCAAGCUGGCCAACAUGGGCAGCAAGGGGAAGAUCAUCAGUGGCAGCAGUGGCAGCUUGCUGUCCUCAGGUUCUCAGGAAUCAGAUAGCUCACAGUCGGCCAAGAAGGACAUGCUGGCUGCCUUGAAGUCCAGGCAGGAAGCUCUGGAGGAAACCCUGCGUCAGAGGCUGGAGGAACUGAAGAAGCUGUGUCUCCGAGAAGCCGAGCUCACCGGCAAGCUGCCAGUUGAAUAUCCCCUGGAUCCAGGGGAGGAACCACCCAUUGUCCGGAGAAGAAUAGGAACAGCAUUCAAGCUGGAUGAACAGAAAAUCCUGCCCAAAGGAGAGGAAGCUGAGCUGGAACGCCUGGAGCGAGAGUUUGCCAUUCAGUCCCAGAUCACAGAGGCUGCCCGCCGCCUAGCCAGUGAUCCCAACGUCAGCAAAAAACUGAAAAAACAAAGAAAAACCUCGUAUCUGAAUGCACUGAAGAAACUGCAGGAGAUUGAAAAUGCAAUCAACGAGAAUCGCAUCAAGUCUGGGAAGAAACCUACCCAGAGGGCUUCACUGAUUAUAGACGAUGGAAACAUUGCCAGUGAAGACAGCUCCCUCUCAGAUGCCCUUGUUCUUGAGGAUGAAGACUCUCAGGUUACCAGCACAAUAUCCCCCCUACAUUCUCCUCACAAGGGACUCCCUCCUCGGCCACCCUCGCACAACAGGCCCCCUCCUCCCCAGUCCCUGGAGGGACUCCGGCAGAUGCACUAUCACCGCAACGACUAUGACAAGUCCCCCAUCAAGCCCAAGAUGUGGAGUGAGUCCUCUUUAGAUGAGCCCUAUGAGAAGGUCAAGAAACGCUCCUCUCACAGCCAUUCCAGCAGCCACAAGCGCUUCCCCAGCACAGGAAGCUGUGCGGAAGCAGGCGGAGGAAGCAACUCCUUGCAGAACAGCCCCAUCCGUGGCCUCCCGCACUGGAACUCACAGUCCAGCAUGCCGUCCACGCCAGACCUGCGGGUCCGGAGUCCCCACUACGUCCAUUCCACAAGGUCGGUGGACAUCAGCCCCACGCGACUGCACAGCCUCGCACUGCACUUUAGGCACCGGAGCUCCAGCCUGGAGUCCCAGGGCAAGCUCCUGGGCUCGGAGAACGACACCGGGAGCCCCGACUUCUACACCCCGCGGACUCGUAGCAGCAACGGCUCGGACCCCAUGGACGACUGCUCGUCGUGCACCAGCCACUCGAGCUCGGAGCACUACUACCCAGCGCAGAUGAACGCCAACUACUCCACGCUGGCCGAGGACUCGCCGUCCAAGGCGCGCCAGCGGCAGCGGCAGCGACAGCGGGCGGCGGGCGCGCUGGGCUCGGCCAGUUCGGGCAGCAUGCCCAACCUGGCUGCACGUGGGGGCGCGGGGGGCGCAGGGGGCGCGGGGGGCGGCGUGUACCUGCACAGCCAGAGCCAGCCCAGCUCUCAGUACCGCAUCAAGGAGUACCCGCUGUACAUCGAGGGCGGUGCCACGCCCGUGGUGGUGCGCAGCCUGGAGAGCGACCAGGAGGGCCACUACAGCGUCAAGGCCCAGUUCAAGACCUCCAACUCCUACACGGCGGGCGGCCUGUUCAAGGAGAGCUGGCGCGGCGGCGGAAGCGGCGGCGACGAGGGCGACACGGGCCGCCUGACGCCAUCGCGAUCGCAGAUCCUGCGGACUCCGUCGCUGGGCCGCGAGGGCUCCCACGACAAGGGCGCAGGCCGCGCCGCAGUGUCGGAUGAGCUGCGCCAGUGGUACCAGCGUUCCACCGCCUCACACAAGGAGCACAGCCGCCUGUCACACACCAGCUCCACCUCCUCGGACAGCGGCUCGCAGUACAGCACCUCCUCCCAGAGCACCUUCGUGGCGCACAGCAGGGUCACCAGGAUGCCCCAGAUGUGCAAGGCCACGUCAGCUGCCUUACCUCAAAGCCAGAGAAGCUCAACACCCUCAAGUGAAAUUGGAGCCACCCCCCCAAGUAGCCCCCACCACAUCCUAACCUGGCAGACUGGAGAAGCAACAGAAAACUCACCCAUUCUGGAUGGGUCUGAGUCUCCACCUCACCAAAGUACUGAUGAAUAGAGGAGCUACAAUGAUAGCUGUUUCCUGGAUUCCUCCCUCUAUCCAGAACUAGCUGACGUCCAGUGGUACGGGCAGGAAAAAGCCAAGCCCGGAACCCUCGUGUGAGCCAGCCCGGCCUAAUCUGACCGCCUCAACGCCAUUCUGAGAUCACCUCACUGCCUCUCAUUUGCCUUACCCAGACGCACCGUCACCCUGCACCAGCUUCGGCCCUCAGCACUUUUUUUCUCCUGUCUCCACAUUCCCUCCCCUUUGAAAACCUGACUGAGGAGACAUUCUGGAAGGUUCCGGUCCCACUGUGUGUCCCCUGGCUCUCUUACCCAUAGAGAGCCAGACACCAAUCCUCAAUGGCACCUUGGUGGCUUCCCCCUGCCAUGACAGCCCCUAGGCCAGGAAUCGUCAAGGGGGCCAGCUGGCAUCCAAUUCCUGCAGACAAGUCGUGCUGGGAGAGAACCGGAAAGGGGACUUGAGUUACAGGGUGACCCAGAAAGAUGACUCAGCUGUGUCCAGCCUGCCACCCACAGGUCAACAAAGCACUUCACCAAGAGGAGGCCUUGUGGCAUAUUGAGUUUACACCUGAAAUAUUCCUUGAUGAGACAGCUUGUGGGGAGUGGCUGUGUGGGAGGGAGGAUAGGAAAGCAAGCUCUCGACACCAGAGAUGCAUCGGAGGACCACGAUCAGUUCUGUGCUGCCAAAGAUUAACAAAAACACAAAAAAUUAAGAGGGACCAAGAGGAAGACAUUCUUUCUGCAAGGAAAUUGCUUUUAAAUUCUGAACUGCUACCACACACAAGUGAAGGUCAGCCCUGUGUACACUGGUGCCCUCUCCAGCCUUCUCCCUUCAUGGUCCACUUCUCUCUCCGUAGAAAGCCUGAGACACUAACCCAAUGCAACGGUGAAGACGAGGGAGUCUGGGCUGGCAUUGCUGACUCACAGUCGCCAUCCAUCUGGACAUGAAGAGAGACCCGCGGGAGCCGUGGAGGGUACUGUUAGCCCCAGUCCAAGCAGGGGGUUCAGCCAAACCCAAGACUCAGAGCUGCUUUCCUUUCAGGAUCUGUAGUAAACGUAAGGUGAUAAUGGCCAAAAGUGGUUCUCUCUCAUUAAAACAACCAGUAAAAGCAUAUCCUGUUUUUUUUGCACAAGGUGUUUCAUUUUCUUUUUUUAUGGGAAACCAAGGGAAAAGCACAUUGCGAUCCAUUCAGUGUUUAACUGUCGUGGCUCAUUCUCUGUUUGUUAGCAGUUGUGUGACAAAAGAGCUCAGAUCCGACUUCUCCUGUGUGUCACUUACUCCAAGAACCCAACGAUGCCCUUAGGUAGAAAGAUUUGACUCAUGUGUCUACUAGCCAACAGGCAGAGCAGGGGUGAAAAAAAAAAUUGCAGCUCCCAAAGGGCCCAUGUGUCUACAUCAUCAGUUACUGUCAUGCACCACAGUUGUGUGCAGGCACCAAAAGAGAAGGAAAGAGGAAGAAAAGGUAACGUGUGGGAGCUGCACGUUUACAUGUGUUUUGAGCUGUGCUUCAAACACAACUGGAAAGCCAUCAAUCUUCAAAGGCCUCAAAACUACUUUUAUAAUAACUAACAAGUGCACAACCUUAGUUGGGUUAUUCAAGAUGGCACAAAAAGGUUUCCGCAGAGGUGGUAUGCUGUGCUUUUAGCGCAAGUGGUGGGGGGUGGGGGGUGGUAUUUUUUCUCUAAUGACUUCCUAUUGGAAAGGCAUUUGACAGCCAGGGACAGGAGCCAGGGUGGGGUAGUUUUGUGGGAAAGCAGAACUGAAAUUAGCUUUAACAUCAAAGUAACAGAAAAAUCUUCGUUUUUCAUGUAUGUGGAAUCCAAGAAUAACCAUAGGCUCUACCAGACCAGGAGGGUAAGGAAGGACAUUAAAACAAAAUAAAUACUCACGGUGUUCCUCUGCUGCAGCAUGGAGACCACUGAGAGUUGGGCUGGGGCACUCACACCUGGCUGGGGCCUGCCCAGGACAAGGCGGGCCGUGGCCUCCUCCACCAAGUCUCUGUAGACGAUUCAGGGCCUGCUUUUCCCAGCUCCAUGCAUGGCUGGACUGGUGAUUGCAGCUUACAGAAGGGAUCAAUAUUCCCAGGACACUUUAGGUGUCCACCUGCGGGAUAAACAGAAAUCGGUUAUAUUAUUAAAUGAUUCUAGGGAUUCAUGGGGGGAUAUUUUUGCUGCUUUUAUUUUCAUGGUCAGAGCGACAAAGAGCAGGGAUUUUUCUCCCUUUCGCAUUCAGAAACGUUAUACAUUGGGCCAUUUUUCGUUCUCUCAAAGAAGAUUCAUGAAUAAUCAGACUGAACUGUGUGCAAGAGGAAAAGUCAAAAGGGUAACAGAAAGUGAUGAGGUUACAUGUUACAGGUUCCACACCAUGCAUAGUAGUGUGAAAUCUAGUCUGGAAAAAACUGAAUCAAGAUUCUAACCCAGUUGAGAAGCAAGGAAUGAGAGGCAAAAAGUCUAAAAACUUGGGUUAUGUUUUCAAUUUGGGGGACAGAGAAAAACGGAGUGGGAGCAGGAAUUACAGUUCCAGCAAACAUCAGGAUAGUCUGGUAGUCAAGACAGAUAUUAAGUAAAACAGGUUUUACUGUUUCGCUGAGUUCAGUUAAUACAAAAUGUACAUAAAGCGUUAGUCCUUUGAGGCUGACAUGAUUAAUGAUCAGUGUGGUGGGAAACGAUAUAGUUACUGUACACAAGCACUUGCAAACUCUUUAUAUAUCCCUAUUUCUUUAAAACAAAAUAAGGUGAAAUGCGAAGUCCCUGGUCUGAUAUAAAGCCCCUACUGGAUUCUUCGGAUGCAUAUAAGAAAUUGCCUAUUUCAGCCAGAAGACUGGUGGAAACACAUACAUCAGACUAUGUUGUGAGCCAGGUUGAUUUUUUAUUUUAUUAUAUGCAGGUGAGUGUUGAAUCUGUUAAAAUUCCAAUUUGUUUUCAUUCAGUAUUAGUUUAGUUCUAAAUAUAGCAAACCCCAUCCAGGUGCUAUCAGACGACCAGUUACUGCUUAGUUAACUAGGUGUAAAGUUUUACAUAUACAUUCAUGUCAAUAGUUUAUUACGAGUUGUGUAAAAUGGACUCUAGUUUAAUAAUGGGGGGAAAAAAGAUUAGGUUGCUCCUGAAACUGACUGUAGAGCAUGUAAAAUGAUUUUACUGGAUUCUGUUCAACUGUAAUCAAUGAAAAAGAUGUACGUUGUAGACAAAGUUGCAGAAUUAAAAAAGAAAUCUGCUUUUAAUUUA